UCUUCCAAUCACCUCCUGUCCCAGUGGCCACCUGGGCCACCUCACAGUAUGGAGCUUUGAUCCGGGGACAAGAAGCCCAGGGAUGGGGAUGGCCCUUGCUUGUCCUCAGACCGGGCAGCACCCCGGAGGAUGUUUUCAGGGCUUGAGGGAGUUGCUACCUCUUGGCAUCCUCUUCCCAAGGGAAUGGGAGAGUCUGGGGGCAGGGCUCCUGGUUUGGCUGGCUGGGUGCAGGAAGCAAACCCCAUUCACAUAGGUGAGUGUGAGAAGAAACACCACGGUCCCAGGAGUCUGCAUCUGUUGAGAAGGGGCCGAUAGUCCAUACUGGAGGAACCCUUUGUCUAGGAAGAGUCUGAGCGCUCUGGGCAAGGGGUGGGGGCGUAGGGCGCCUGGGAUCCGCCCCUCGGGUUCCUGCCUCCCGCCCCGCGGCCGCCGGCCAUCCUGUCCGCGCCCGCCCGCGCUCCCACACAUCUGGCAGUCCCGCGCACAUCUGGGCAGCAGGCGCUGCAGCAUGAACGGCUCGCAGGCAGGCCCCGCGGCCCUGGCCGCCUGGCUGAGCUCCUGCUGCAACCAGUCGGGGGCGCCGCCGGAGCCCCCCGAAGGGCCGCGGGCCGUGCAAGCGGCGGUGCUGGGCGUGCUGUCGCUGCUGGUGUUCUGCGGGGUCCUGUUCCUGGGCGGCGGCCUGCUCCUCCGCGCUCAGGGCCUGACAGCGCUGCUGGCCCGCGAGCGGCGCGCGUCCCGCGAGGUAGAGCCCGGUGGCGCCGCGGAGGCGAUAACGACCUCUAGGCGCCCGGCAGCGCUCGAGGGUCGCGGCCUCCAGGCGGCCCUCGGACUCCGCGCGGGACUGCGAGGGAGCGGCCUUCGGACCCCCGGCGCCGCCAGGAGCGCGUCCGACGGCCGCUGCGGAGCGGAGGUUCCCGGUCCCUUCCCCUGAAGCUCGCACCUCCGGCACAGAUUCCUGAGCCUUGCGUGGUGUUCCUCCCAGAGAGCUCUCCCUUCAGCCUGUUGCACUGGGGAACCCCUACCCCCUUGGACCCGUUCUUGGUGCCAACGACCCACUGGAAGAAACCCUGAGUGUGGAGAGACCUCAACCUGGGAUCCUUGCGCUCAGCUGCUGCCUCCGGACUGCUCCACUCUUUAGUUCUGCUGGGUGUGGGUCUGGGAGGCCAGCUCUCCAGGAAUGAAUGAGCCCCCUUGGUGGCGGCUGUGUGUCCUGGGGCACUGAAGUGGCCACACACCCAGAUUCUCUGUGCCGCUCACGCAGGCUGUGCCCUCUGCCCACUGGCCCCUAAGCACAUGAGCACAGGCCCCAUCCCAUCCCGGGUGCAGGGCAGCAAUGGUCUGACAGGCCAGUGACCUGAACCUGCUGAGUGCAGAAGGUCGUUGUCACUCAUUUGCAGGUCCUUGAUGCCCCAGCAAUGCCCUGUCACUUUCCGAAGCUGGUUAUUAAAUAUGCUGGUAAUACAAGUUUGGGGUAUUCGGUUUGUUUCCAGCACCCGUUUCUUGGAAUUAGUCCCCCAGCCCCCGCAAGUUUGAACCGUUUGUAGCAGAUAUUGAAGUAGCACUCUCCAAACAUGCCCCUUCUGCUCAGUGGUGGCCGCUGCCCCUUUCUGGGAGGUGGGGUGUGGGGAGGGGCUGCACGGCAACUCUCAUGCCUGCACUCGGCUGCCUCCUUGUGGCCAGUAUGGGCAAGAGCAGUAGCUGGGGGCCCUGGUCAGCGUCUGCCAAGCCGAGGGCUUCAGAAUCAGAGUGGAUUUUGUGAACGUGUCCACUGAUUGUAAAUCUUUCUGGACCUCAGUCUCGUCAUCUAUAAAAUGGAGGCAACAAUGUCAUUGUGAGGCUCAAAUAGGUAAUGUGCUUAACUAUAGAUUAAGGGCUUUCUACACUAUAAUUAUCAUGUGACAUUGUUAUUUUUUCCCUGGAAUCUGAUCACCUUCAGGGCAGAGAAGAGGGGUAGAACCACUCACUUCAUUUAUUCAUGUUUUCCAUGUGUGUUUAUUGAGUGCCCCACUCUGCUAGGCACACUCUGGGACUGGGGCUGAGGCAAUGAAUGAGACAGAGUCCCUGUCCCCAAGGAGAGAGUCUAGCAGAGUGGCACCCACAGAACUGAGGCUAAAAUGGACAAUGAAAAGUGCAUGGUGCCAACAGAGCAGAGAAUGGCGAGCCCUGCUGGGCAGUUGGCAAAGGCCAAAUCAUGGAGGAGAUGGUGUAAGGGAUGGGCAUUUGCCUAGUAGGGAAGGGGAGGAAGACAUUCUGGAUGGGGGCACUGCGGGGCACAGCUCAGGGGGUGCUUUAGAAGCAAAGCAGUCAGGGUGGGAAGAGUGAAGAGAGAGGAGACUGGAGGGGGUGUGGUGGGCAGGACCAGCCUGGAGAGGGGCUAGAAUAUGUCCUGGGAGCUGUGAGGUAUCUGGAGGGUUUCAAGUAGGAAAGACACAUGGUGAGAUCUGGGUCUUAGAGAAUUGAGGGGAAGGUUAGGGGGAUGGGGACAGCUGGAGGUAAAGAGACGACAAAAAGGCUGCUGCCAAAAUAUUAGCAAAAAUGGUAGUGGCGUGGACUAGGGUUGAAGGAAAAGGGAGAGAGCCAAGUGAUAUUCUGGUUACAGCCUUUGGUCACUGGUUGGAUGUCAGUGAUGGGGGAGAGAGAGGAGGCAAGGACGGGGUCCUGGUGGCUGAUGAGUUUGGUUCUGGCACAUCUACUUUGAGGCAUGUCAGGGGCGUCCAAGGGGAGCUGUCAGGUGGGUGCUUAGUAUAUGGGGUGGGGCUCAGGAAAGAGUCUGGGGCCAUGAUGCUGCCAGAGAUGGCAAAUGAAGCUGUGGGAAUGGAUCAGUUUGGGGUUGGGGUGGGAAGGGAGACUGAGGAUGCAAUGGUGUGGUGGACACCAUUUAAAGGUGGGGGCAGAGGGGGAGCCACCAGAGAGGUGGGAGGGCAGCCAGGGAGUGGGCUACCUCGGGAGUCAGAGAAGAAAGGGUCACAGAAACAGGGAGUGGCUGUGCAUGCCUGUCUGCGUGUGGCAGGGCCUGCAGCACCAGACCUUACAGGGGUUGCCAGACCACCCAGCCCACAUGAGCCACCCCCACCACCCCCCCACGGCCUGAGAAGAAACGAGCCCCCACAGAAGAGAGUGGUGACAUGGCUCCCUCUGGGUGGGUGAACCCACUGUCAGGAGAGGGAUUUAUUUUUAUGGUAUAUCCUUUGUACUGUGUGAAUGAUUUACCAUGCACAUGUAUCACCUAUGCAAAAUAAAACAAUAAAAAUAAACCUAACC